GGAGCUGCAACAGCUGCUGCCCUGCGCUGAAGGAACCUCUACUGCCCACCCUUCCUAACGUUUUUUGGAGAUGGCCGGUGAAAUCACAGAGACCGGGGAGCUCUAUUCUCCCUACAGCCAAGCUUCCCAGGAGGCUCAGAUGCCACACUUUCUCAAGGACAGUGCUGGACCCAAGAACAUGAUUCAGCCUUGUACAUGUCGCCAUGAGUGACCUCAGGACAGACGUGUCAGUUUCCCUAUUUGGGGGGACCAGGAAUGGCUCAGGACGAAGUGGUAGUUAUGAGAUCAGAACACAGGACGAGGUGGAUCAUGCCUGAGAGAAGGGUAGCUGCUGAGGAUGCCUCUGGUGGCUGGUUCCUGCUGAAGACUCCAAGGACCAGGGGCUGCACCUUCUCCAGUUCAUCCAGAACAAUCUCAUCCUUGGGGACUAUGUAGGACCUUAUUCCUCUGCUUCCUGCCACUCUUCCCAGGAAGUGGCCCCACAGAACUGUCACAUGACCAGCAGAAGAGAAGGUCUUCUUCCUCUUCUUUCUUCCCCACAAGUUCUCUUGACCUGGCCUGUGGCUUAGCUCGGAGUUAAUGCUGACCAGGACUGCUUUGGCCCUCCAAUCGAAGAAGUUCCCUGUGAAGCACGCAGUGGUUUCUUUAGAACUAGAAAAUAGCAACAAAGCAAGACAAACAUGACUGCCCGUUUCUGCCUAACAACAGAUGGUUUAUCCCUAAUCAACUGUUUAUAAAGUUGUUAAAGCUUCUUUUCAUUGAGGUUUAUUUGAAGUCUCUGUUGGGCACAUGCCUGUGUCUUCAUGCCUGUUUUAAAGGAGUGGUUUUCAGGUGGUGAUGAUCUUGCCCCCAGAGGACAUUCAACAUCUGGAGACACUUUGAUUUUCAAGACGCUGUUGCUUGGGACAGAAGGAGCAGUUCACUGGCAACUGGUGGACAGAGGCCAAGGAUGCUGCUAAACACCCUACAAUGCAGGACAGGCCCCCACCACAAAGAAUGAUCUUGAACCCAAAUAUCAACAGUGCCCAGGCUGAGAAAACCUGACCUGUAAUAGGCCUUUGAACUUUUCCAUGCCAAGACCUUCAGAGAUUCCGGAAUUUAGAGAUGCUUCUUGUACUGUUUAAUUUCCCCGUAAGAUUUUUGCCUAAGUGUCUUUGUUAAGCCCCUUGCCCUCUCUUUAUUUUCAUCAUCAGGACCAUUUCCCACAAAGAAAUGAGGCUGAUGCCCCCUAGUAGUGCUGCUGCUUAGAGAACUACUGAGCGGAAAGCAGAGCCGCAGGGUUCAGGUGCUCUGUGGCCACUGGGAUCUGUUCUAUUGGUGUCCUGCCUUGAACUCUCCGAAACAUGGAACCCUCAUCUCCUCCAAAGGGCUGCUCAGUCUGACUCCUGAAUCCCCAGCCCUCCUCUGCCUGGCUCACGGUGCCUCAGCCACCGGCCUCCUGGAAGCUUCUGGAACAUCCCCACUUCUUUCCCACCUUAGGCUGUUGUACCUGGAGGCCGUCUGGGUGGUGCCAUCUCAUCCUUCCUGUCCCCCCUUAAAUGUCAUCGAAGAGGUUUCCUUGAGCACUCUGUUUCCAGUGUUUUCCCAUUACUCCUUGUCACAACCCCUUGAUUCUUUUCUUUAAGCUUCUCUCAAGCAGUGACCACAGUUUGUUUUCUUCCCCUCCUGAGGACGUAGCUCCAUAUGUGCCUUGUUUAGUUGUAAAGUUAGCUCAUUAUAGACAUUCAUAGUUGCUUGUGAGAAGCUGGAACUUGCCAUCCUGAAGGCCAGCAAAGACCUGCAAGAUACCUUGAGCAGGGUCCCGUGAAAACCAGCUGAGCUCUCCUCUCCAGGCCUUUCAGACACCCUGAGAAUGCAGAGAAGUCGGGCUGGUGUACAUGUUCAACCUCAUCGUGGGCACAGGGGCGCUCACCAUGCCUAAGGCCUUUGCCACCGCCGGAUGGCUGGUCAGCCUCGUCCUGCUGGUGUUCCUGGGCUUCAUGAGCUUUGUGACAACCACCUUUGUGAUGGAGGCCAUGGCCGCAGCCAACGCACAGCUCCGCUGGAAGAGGAUGGAAACCCACAAGGAGGAGGACAACGACGACGACUCCUCCACGGCCUCAGACAGUGACAUUCUCACCCCGGACAGCUACGAGCGGGCAGAGAAACAGCCCAUCCUGUCAGUGCAGAGACGCACAUCUCCCAACCUGUUUGAAAUCACAGACCGGGUGGAAAUGGGACAGAUGGCCUCCAUGUUCUUCAAUAAAGUGGGCGUCAACUUGUUCUACUUCUGCAUCAUCAUUUACCUGUAUGGGGACCUGGCCAUCUAUGCCUCGGCCGUGCCCUUCUCUCUCAUGCAGGUGACCUGCAGCACCACUGACAAUGACUCCUGCGGUGUGGAGACAGACGCCAAGUACAAUGACACUGACCUGUGCUGGGGGCCCCUGCGCCGAGUGGACGCCUACCACAUCUACCUGGCCGUCUUCACUCUCCUCCUGGGACCUUUCACCUUCUUUGACGUCCAGAAGACCAAGUACCUGCAGAUCCUGACCUCGCUCAUGAGAUGGAUCGCUUUCGCCAUCAUGAUUGUGCUGGCCUUGGUCCGCAUCGGAAAGGGCCAAGGAGAGGGGCACCCGCCCCUGGCCGACCCCUCAGGGCUCCGGAACCUGUUGGGGGUGUGCGUCUACUCCUUCAUGUGCCAGCACUCCCUGCCGUCCCUCGUCACCCCCGUCUCCUCCAAGCGCUACCUCACACGACUGGUGUUCCUGGACUACGUGCUGAUCCUGGCCUUCUAUGGCCUCCUCUCCUUCACCGCCAUCUUCUGCUUCCGUGGCGACAGCCUCAUGGACAUGUACACCCUCAACUUUGCGCGCUGCGACGUCGUGGGUCUGGCGGCCGUGCGCCUCUUCCUGGGCCUCUUCCCCGUCUUCACCAUCAGCACCAACUUCCCCAUCAUCGCCGUGACUCUGCGCAACAACUGGAAGACGCUCUUCCACCGCGAGGGCGGCACGUACCCCUGGGUGGUAGACCGCGUGGUCUUCCCCACCAUCACCCUGGUGCCACCCGUGCUGGUGGCCUUCUGCACACAUGACCUGGAGUCCCUGGUGGGCAUCACGGGGGCCUAUGCAGGCACUGGCAUCCAGUUCGUCAUCCCUGCCUUCCUGGUGUACCACUGCCGCAAGGACACCCAGGUGACUUUCGGCUACGGGACCGUCAACAAGCACAGGUCCCCGUUCCACCACACCUUCUGGGUGGGCUUCGUGUUGCUCUGGGCUUUCUCCUGCUUCUUCUUCGUCACAGCCAACAUUGUUCUCAGUGAGACCAAGCUCUGAUGGCAGGGUGUGCCUGGUGACAAGACGGCCAGGGACCCCACCACGGCCUUGCCGCUGCAGAGCAAGAUUUUUGUUGCCACCCAGGGCUUCAUGGGCAGGAAGACAGGGGCGCUCAGAGGGGACCUCUGCAUCUCCAACUGGGGGUCUCCUCCCUACCCAGGGCCCUAUCUAGUCUGUGCUGGCCUGGUCCCCUGGAGGGCCUGGUCCCCUGGAGCAGCUCCCUGCCGUGCCCUCCUGCCUAGGGCAGCACGCAGCUGGUCCCAGUCACACUGCUGCCCCCUCCAGCUGUUGGAGGCAGGCUCCUCCCUCCAUGUAGUAGCACAUGCAGUGCUGGCACUGCUGCUAUUUAUACCAGACUCCGUGUCCCCUCCUCUGCCCUCCCCAGCCCCUUCCUGUGUCCUUGCCUGUCUACCAGCAGCUGCUGUCCCUUCAGAGACAAGUCCUAGGCCCUGGUCCUCUAACCUGGCCUGCCUAUGGCAGGCAGCACCCAACUCUCUGCCAGGCCUGAGAGUCGCUAAGUGCCGCUCCUAGUGACAAGAAUGGGAAGUGCUAACUGGCACCAGGGUCCCUGAGAACAGAGCUGUGAGGGCCCUUGCUGUGGCCACCAUCUCUGGGGCACUGCGCCAAUGGCACAUCCCUUCCCAGGGCACGCGGCAGCCUAGAAGCUGGGUUUAAAGUCUUUCGCUUGUGCUUCCUGGUAGGGGCUCUUUGGCCCCUGACUACCCCCUGGAGCCCUCUGGGCCUCCUGCAGUAUAGGGGGCUGCUGGAGGGUGCUGCCCACCACCACCCCCAAGGGCUUACCGCCCUGGGCAUGAGGCGCGGAGAGGACUUCGUGGUUCCCACAGCGGACGGCCAGGCCAGCAGGCAGCAGCUGCCUUGCUCCAGUCCACACAAGGGUGCUCCCUCCAGAGUCUGGCCACGGGUGUUCAGCGUGGCGCUCCUCCUGCCCCUGAGUUCCGUGGGGUAGGAAGAGAUACCUGCCCGUUCUUGUGGAAGGAGGCCAGGCUCCCAGCCACCUCCACCUAAUCAUGCCUGCACCUGCUGGGCAGGCCACCUUGGAAACAGAUGACUCUGUUGAACUCUGCAUUUUCAAUGUGCCUUCUGCUUCAGGCCCUGGGGAUCCUUCCUGACCCUGGCUUGUCCCCAGCCCUGGGCCUGGUCCCAUUGUCCUAGAGCGCAGAGCAGCCUGCCAGGGAGCUGCCUCUCUGGGGAAUGGGGAACUCAGGCCCCUACCCCGCCCUCUUGAUCUCAGUGCCUUGCUUAGCCCUUGUGAAGGAACCUUCACCACCUCCUCCUCUGUGUGUGUGUCGCUCUCUGACGUUUGACGGUACACUCUGGGGCCCAGGGAAUGUGGGUCUGCAGGCAGCACCGCUCUGCUUCUGGCCCUGGCACCCCUGCCCCUGAGAACCCCUGAGUCAUAAAUUGGCCUCACUCACUCUGCUUUCUCGCUAAUGUCACAUGUGGGCAGUUCUUGCACCUGCCCCCAUAAGCCAUCAUCUUCCAUCCAUGUGAAAAACAUCUGCUCCUCCCCACCUGCUAUGGUGGUAUCUUCCCAGGAGACCCUGCCCUGGGGGGCCAAGCCAGCUGGCGCCAGGGUGGUAAGGCCACGUAUAAGGAAGAGCUGCCCAUGCCCUGUGCUAGGCCCUCCCUGAAGCUGCCUGCUGUUUGCUGAGAACUCAAUUAAAACAUCUGUACUUACCUUCUCCAAUUACACUCCCUCUUGCUUAAGGACAAAGCAAAUUAAAUCAUCCUGCUGCCCCCGGGCUCCAAACCAAAUUUUGGAAGCAAAUUUAUUAGCAUCAUAAAGCCCAGGUUGAUUUAUGUGACAAUCUGGAGCCACACACAGCAGUGGAGUCUGGUGGCUGCAUUCCCCUCCUCCUCUGAGCCCCAGCUGCCCCAGCCCUGGAGGGAAUUGACCUGAAGUGACUGGGAGUCACAGAUGCCGCGCAGGGACCCUCCCCACUAACUGGUUGCUCUGCACCUUCAUCUCCACCUGCCACUUGCCUUGGGAGAAGUCAGAUGAGGUCACCUUUCUCUCCACUUAUGGCUGGGUGGAUUCAGGACAAGGGAUGAAAGACCCUAGCAGCUAGACAUCCCGAAGUGAUGCUGCUCACCACGUGCAUCAAGCACAAUUGUGAGUUUUUAUAUCAAUGUUUGAAGCAAGUUGGGUCAUAGUUUCCGUUUGCAGAGGGGCUCUAGGGGUCAUUGGUGAGGAGAACAGGGAUGCCAGCUGGAUGUCAGCCUGGCACAAGAUACAAGUGUCGUUGUGGCAGUUUUAAACACAGCAGCCUCUACCUGUCUCAUCCACCCAGAGCAGCCCCAAGGGCAAGUCAGGUCAAGGUGGGAGAAGACAAUCUUUGCUUGUUCCCUGCCAAGGCGCCAGGCCCACCUGAGCACUGGCGCCUGCUGCCAGCCCUCUGGCUGUUCCUCACCUGAGGCCAGAGAGGCGGCUGUGGGCUUGUAGAUGGGGCAGAUGGCAGGUGACAGGCUGAGGCACUGCUGAGUUGUGGAAGGUAGCAGUGGGCCCCAGUCCAGGCCCCAGGCCACACAUCUGUGCUCACCACAUGGGGCCAGGAGCAGCCCUGGCAACAGGCUGACACCAGAGUGGUGAGGAGCCACCAGGCAGCCAGCAGAGGGGAAGUGGCAGCUGUGCCAGGCCCUGGGGAGUAGAAAGCUGAGAUUUCAGCCCGCUCAGGGGUCAGAGGCCCUAGCAAGGCUGACUCAUGCCAAGGGCCACUGAAAAUCUGGCCCUUAGACCAAGAUCCAGAGCUACAGGAGAACCCUGCCACCCCUCUUCCCUGGGGGCUGGGGCUGGCAGUGUCAACCUCAUACUGGAGAAAGGGAGAAGUGACCUGUAUAGAGGGCCUGCCAUGUGUCUGUCACAGUGCUAAGUACUUCUUCGAGCCUCCUCUGCGAAGUGGGGUAACUACCUAUAUGACUGAUGGGUCAUGGAAAAUUAAGGACUGAGCCCAGAACCUGCCACAGAAGUGCUCAAUAAAGCUGCUGUUUACUGAU